CUUAUAUAUGUUUGUGGUGGAUUCGAUGGUCAAACCCGUCUACGAUCUCUUGAAGUUUAUCAUCCUAAAAUUGAUGAAUGGCGUAUUCUCGAUGAAAUGGUUACAGCAAGAGAAGGUGCCGGACUCGUUGUUGCAGAUGAUAACUUAUAUUGCCUCGGUGGUUAUGACGGCUUUCAUUUACUAAACAGCAUGGAACUGUAA